AUGACUGCAAUCAAAGUGAAUCCCCGGGGUUCGAUUGUGAGCGAUGCGCAGCUGAUCAACAUGCAAGCCAAAUACUUGUCGCGGCAUCGCCGAGUUUCUGCCGUUAGCUUCCUGGCAAACAUUUCCUUGGACGGGACGCAUCGUGAUACGAACAUGUAUACACAGUCUAAGAAGCUUUCCAUCAGUGGAACCGAAAACAGCGUGUUGAUCUGUGUUAAUCAAAAGGCUGGAACUGGGUCUGAAGUUCAGUUGAAGCAGGACAUGAGUGGCUUGCUUCCGAAGUAUGAAGAGGAACAAGAUUCUCUACGACAGAGGACGCGAACAGAAGGUGAAAAUUCUUUUUACAACUUGGGGCCCCGAGAUGCGGACGAAAUUGGGCAAAUGUACAUCGCGGGUCGUCAGAAAUCCUUGAAGGAACGCUUGGGCAAGAAGCUCGUCAGCACGUCAGCCACUGCUCUCUGCAAACCGACAGCACCGCGCGUCGCGAGCAACGAAAACGUGGAACUCGAAGACUGGGAAAAUGCUCGUCGACGUCAUCGUUCCGGAAGUCACUCAGACUCCGCCAGUGUUUCCCACAAAUCCGACAGACGCCUCGUCCGCUUCCUGUCCCCACUUUCCCGCGUCAUCGACUCUCCGAUUGCCGAAGAUCAGGGCUCUAGUACGAGCAACGGAUCCCAAGUGAACAUGUGCGAGAAUCGCUUUGUGUUCCUGUGCGGCACUUCCCGUGCACCGGCUGUGGUUUGUUCUUCUUUGCCUUACAUCAAAGGGAACAAAACUGUGGCUGUUGAUCCGCGGGAUGCGAAAAAGCGACACAUGUCGGGCUUGAGUACGAUUUCGGAUGCGUAUGAAGUGCCGCCGUUUCGCGGGCAUAGGUUCUCUGGCCAGGAUGAACGGGAUAUUUCGUACAGCUCGUAUUUGGAGCCCACGAAACCCAGGCGGGAUUCCGUGGAGGAAUACGAUGUCGGUGCUUUGGAUGACCCCGAGUUGAUAGCCGGAAGGCAUCGCACUCUGCUCACUUUCCCUUCCUACAGAACAUCAGUCAUCGAAUACGUUCUACCGGGGAAUCUCAAGAAAGAACUCAACGAGAAAUUCAGGGACAGAUUCCCGAAUAUUCAACUGACGUUGAGCAAACUGAGGAGCUUGAAGCGCGAGUUGAGAAGGAUUGCCGUGAACGAUUGCAGUCUGGACUUGGGGACUCUGGCCCAGGCUUUCGUGUAUUUCGAAAAGGCUGUCUUUAAGAAAUUUGUCAACAAGCAGAAUAGGAAGUUGGCAGCUGGAGCUGCGCUGUUGCUGUCUGCAAAGUUGAACGAUGUCCGGGGUGGAGAUUUGCAUCAUCUUAUAGAGCGCAUUGUGCAAACUUUCCGUGUUCAAAGACGGGAUCUUUUGGAUACUGAGUUCUUGUUGUUUGUGACGCUCGAGUUUUCGCUCCUGUCUUCUGUUAGUGAUGUUCUCCCGCAUUACCACCGUUUGGUUUACGGGAACAAUUGACAUGCAAACGUGUUUUAGAGAAACGAAUGAACCGUUUUCAAAGUGGAAUCAUUUUGAGUGUGUUUCGCUGAAGUUUCCGAUGAAUCCUGUAUUAGCGCGAUUAUGAGACAUACCCACGAUCAAAUCUUGAAACCAUUCAUAUAAAUGUAAACUUUAAUUCAAAAUUCUUUUCAUGGCUUGGUCCAAAAUAAAUUCAGUUUGAUAAGCAUUCAAAUACAGAUUGCAUUAACUUAUGCAAAAUAUUCUCGCGACUGAGAACAUUUUAAGGGAUGUUCUAAAGUCUAAAUUACCGUAUAUAAACUAAGUACUGUACAGAAAACUGCCGAUUCACAUCGCAGGUUUCACAAAAGCUUUUUCCUGCAAAUUUUCAAUAAUAACGUAAUGCAAUAUCACGAAUAAGUUAGUCAACGUAAUAUCUACUAUUAUAAAGUUG